CUUCACUUUCUCACUCUCUCCCUGCUCUGCACACCCCACCACAAAGCCACCCACAUAGAGUGCAACAGCAAUACGAAGCUGAGAUUAAGUGUUAAAUCGAACAACAACACUAGGUAGAAUCUUCGUCCAUUUGCCUGCAAGAGAAGUAACAGAGAGCAUGAGAUCAUAAAAGAAAAACUAGAAGAACAAGGCAAGCUGUAAGGUUCUAGUAUUGAAGCGAUUGUUGGGUAAGUCCAUCAAAGUAUUGAAGCUACUACGGAAUCAUGGACAGAGAGAUCAUGAAAUUACAAGGAGCUUUGUUAUGCAUUCAAGCUGAAAAAAGAAGCCAAAAACCCAGAAAGUAAAUCCAGAAGCAAAUAGCAUGAAAUCAGAAACGAAAUUGGGCAUAGACUAUUUUUUGUUUUUUAUCAUAAGCGGAGCGAAGUUUUGCCGCGGCAAGCUGUCAAAGGUAUUAUUUUUAAUAUUUGAAAAUAGAUGUACCCUUCCCUUGCUAUAGAAGUUGGACCCCAGAAGAAACUGUGAGGAGGGAGGGAGGGAGAGAAAUUGGCAGAUAUGGAUGGUUCUCUAGAUUUUGAGUUUGAAGACCCACUUCUCAGUUCCCCUGUUGUUACCAAGAAAAGGAAGAAGGUUAUUGGGUUGGAUGAUCUUUUGAGUGAUUACUACAAAGAGAAAAGCAAACUUGUCGAGAGGGAGUCUAUACAAGAAAAGGCCCAAAAGGCCUACAACUCAGAUGACGAUGUCAAUACCAAAGAAGCUUCACUUUCUGAAGUGAUUGACCAAUGCCAAAAUCAGAUGAGAGAAAUUAGCGGUGAGGAAGAUAUGUCCACGUGGGGCAUGCAUGUAUUUGGGAAUCAGAAAGUUCCACCACCUCUAGCUUUUCCUGGGCUUGGAAGUUGUGCCAUCUUGCAGUCUUUCAUGAAUAAUGAACUCAAUUCCCUGUUUGAGCUCGAUUCAGAUAAAGGAGACCUGUUCCUUGAAGGAUUGUUAGCAAAUGGCUGGCUAUCAAAAUUGGCAUUUAUAUGCGGUUGUGUAGAAAAAUCAAUGGCCAUGUGGACAUUUAAUUUGAUGUUAUAUUCGCCGAAAGAAGAAUUGAGAACAUCUGCAUGUGAAUUCUGGUGUGCUAUUUUGUCAUCAAAAGAUGAGCCUGUCCUGAUUGAUUGGCUUCCUAGCUAUUUUGAAUUAAAAGGGGCUCUUGAAAUUUAUGGAUUUCAAUCUAAGUCUUCAUUCAACAGAGACUCUUUGCAUGCUGGUUCUAAUUGUGGAGGGCCACCUCAAAAUAUUAGAUCUUGGGUCAGAUUUGCUGCUGCUUGUAGUCAUGUAAGGAAUAAAUUCUCUGUCCUUUCAACCUCAGAAGCUGAAGAGUUAGUUGAAGUCAUUAUUUUUCUGUUCUUAGAUCACCAGCUUCAUGGUCUGGCAGUGCUUUUAUACGAAUGUAUGCAAUCACUUAUCAGUUACUUCACAGAGAAAGAAUGGAAGAACAGCUGUAACAAGAUAGCAAAAUCACUUGCUUGCAGAGUUCCUAAGGACUUAAACUGCUUGCGAGCUGUGGAAUGCAUUUCAGGAUACGAUACUCGCAGUAAGCAACUUAGAAGUUCCGUUGCCUAUCAAAUUCUUCUUGUUUGUUUUGAUAAUAAGAUGCUAGAUUAAUUGAUAUAUCAGUAAUACGUCCAUGAACUUGGCCAGUUGGAAAGCUUUAGAUAAAUCUUGAAAGUUCCAGCAAUGUUACCCCCCCAAAUCGCUAAUACAACAGCAAAUGGAAGUCAGAUUUUCAAGGCAGAUGCCUUAAAUCUUGCAACAAAAUUUUCAAGAAAAAGAUCCACCUCAUCAGAAAAGGCUUCCUUUUGUUUUGCUGGAUAAUGCUUUAUUCAAGUGCCCUCCUCCAUGGCAUCUAUUAAUCCAACUUCCUUUUCUGGUUCCAUUUUGAUUGUCAGAGCUUUUGCUUUUUGGUUCUCUAUACAUUGAUUUCCUGCCCAUUGUUGAUUCUAGUUUUUUUUCCCCAAAAUCUAUUCCAUUGGCAACGGGAAAUCUCACAGGCUGGGAGUGACUGUUGAAGUGUAAGAAGUAGCACUGUGUUAAUGAAGUAUAAAAACUUAGACCAUUUAUCUUCUUAUUUCAUUAUUGUUUACAAGAGACCGGCAGCUUCAUGGUCAUGUCUGAAAAGCCAUUACCAUAUCUGCAAAAAACAUGAGUUCAUGCAAUCAAAGGACUUUAGUGCUUCAUGGCUGAAUGGAAGCUCUAUCAAAUAAGAUAACUCUAAACAAUAGUCAACUGAUUGCUUGAGUCCAUUAAACUUCUUUUUGAUCUUAAGGUUUCACAUCUUUCAAGCUCAGUCAAGUUGUCUUACAAGUCAUAUUUUGUGAUUUUUCA